AUGGCCAAGCUAGAAAGAAGAUAUUCAAAGGCUGAACGAGUGAUCCUAUCGUUGGUGAAUGCAAAAAGGAAACUCCGGCAUUACUUUGAAUCCCAUCCUAUCAUCAUUCUGACCACCCUUCCUAUAAGGACGAUCUUUCAGAAGCCAGAUCUAUUAAGAAGAAUGACAAAGUGGGCCAUAGAGUUGAGCUCAUUUGACAUCAUAUACGAACCCAGCAUGGCCAUCAAAGGACAAGCAGUGGCUGAUUUCCUGCUAGAAUGUGAUGUAGAAGAUAUGGAAGAAGAUCUUGGUAAUUCUUUAUGGAAGCUCUUCAUAGAUGGCUCUUCAAAUCAAAUGGGGGCAGCAAUUAGGAUCAAACUGCAAAUGCCAGAGGGCACCACGCUGAGUCAAGUAGUCGUACUUGAGUUCAGCGCAACCAAUAACGAGGCUAAAUACAAAGCAUUGCUGGCUAGACUGAAGCUGGCUAAAGAAUUGAAGGUCGAAAGUCUAGUUGCUUUAAGCGAUUCACAACUGAUCAUUCGACAAGUUACCGGGGAAUAUGAAACCAAAGAUGAGAUAAUGGAGGCCUACCGCUCUGCCAUUCUACACAAAGCAAAAGACUUCGACCAGAUUAAAUUCAUCCAAUUACCAAGGGAAUAUAAUGAAGAUGCUGAUCGAUUGGCUUAUAGUGCAUUAAGUUUUAGAGAAACAUUGGCAAAGGUUAUACCAGUAGAUAUGUUAUGUCAGCUAUCCAUCUUUGAUGAAUUGUCCAAGUCGAAUCAUCGGCAAGUUAAUUUCAUACUAUAUGAGCCGAGCUGGAUUGAUCCAAUCAUGACUUUCAUACGGGAUGGUGUGUUGCUCAAGAAGAAAGAGGAGGCAAGGAAAAUCAGAUCAAAUGUUGCAAAGUAUACUAUUAUGCACAAUCAGUUGUAUAGAAGGUCUUUCUCUGGACCGUAUUUGAAAUGUGUCACCCCCACAGAAGCUAGGCAGAUCUUGCGAACUAUCCACGAGGGUGUAUGUGGCAAUCAUUUAGGGGGAAGGUCUCUAGCACACAAAGCGAUGACACAAUGA